AUGUGGUUAUUUUUGGUGUUCACGGUAUGCGUAAUCACCUGCUCGGGUACCAAGAUCCGUGAAAGCAGAAAUUACCUCGAUGACAGCCGAAUCCCCACAUCAAAAGGCAAGAAUCCUCACGGAACUUCGCGAUUCAGUUACACCUAUGUAUCUGUAUGUCUGAACGGCACCCAAAAUGAUCCCCUGGUGGUUACGUACGCUAAGAAAUGCGAAAAAAGGGAAUCCCUAGUGGCCUUGGGUAGAUACACCAACCAAGUAAACACUACGGGAUGGGGUAUAUUGGAGAUUGAAACCUUCUCAGGACACCCAUAUGAUUUGCAGUCUUACGCGGCCGGGGUUGCCGAAGCGGAGCUAACCCGUCUUCAAAUAUACUACCAUCACAAGAACAUGAUAGAAGACUUGUGCAAGAACCAUACUCUCUAUUGUGAACGUCUAUAUGAAUAUCUAACAAAAAAUUUGGAAUGGAUCCGAUCUGAGGUGCUCUCAAAGCCGCCCUCUGAUUUAUUCUGGCGACAUGUGAACCUCACAUUCGCACAACUCACAGGUAUUCGAGAUUCUUACAUGAAGAAAAAUCUGAUACCAGGAAUUGCAUUUGAGCUAUCGCCUAUCUACAUGGUCCAACUUACUGGAGAUCUAUUUGACUUGGACAAGUAUUUCAAUAAAACUCCUGAUUCACAGGAAAAUCCUGAUGGAGGACGAUGUUCUGGCUUUGUGAAACUUGCGCCCGGAAACAAGGACAUGUUUUUCUCCCAUGUUACUACGUCAAAUCUCAGCUGGAUGAUGAGAAUGUUGAAGUUGUACAAAUUUGGUUUUGAUCCUAAGGAAGUUCCGGGACAUACAGUUACUUUCUCCGGAUAUCCAGCUCAACUAGCUUCAACGGACGACUAUAGUUUGACCAGCGGAGGCUUGGGAUCCAUGGACACUUCGAUAGACAUUUUCAAAAAAUCACUUUAUUACAAUUAUAUCAAGCCCGAAGGUCAAUUGCAUUGCUGGAUUCGGUCAAGUAUCUCAAACUACCUCAGCAGCACACCAAAAAAAUGGGUCGAACAGUUCUCCCGCUACAAUUCUGGCACCUACAACGGUCAAUGGACAGUGGUAGACUACAAGUUAUUUAAGCCCGGAAAAGAAAUUCCCAAGAAGGAUAUGCUGUGGAUACUUGAGCAAAUGCCCGGAUCCGUAAAAGUGGAGGAUAUGACGUGGUUCUUAAGGAGAUAUUCCUACUGGCCAUCUUACAACAUACCAUUCCGCGAAGACACCAGUAUUGCUACUGGAUUCAGCGAAAAGGCCAAAAAAUUCGACUGGUACAAAUGGGGAUCAACUGCACGAGCCAGAAUCUUCCAGAGAGACCACAAGAAAGUCGUCGAUAUCGAAACCCUCACGAAACUCAUGAGAUAUAACGACUACACACACGAUGAGUUCGCUCGUUGUCAAUGCACACCACUACCGUAUACAGCAGAAGGAGGAAUAUCCCCAAGAGGUGACUUGAAUAUUCCUAAUGGUAACUACGAAGUGGAGGACAUGGGAUUCCGAGAUCAUGCUGCUCUCGACUACAAAGGCACAAACUACGAGAUGUUUUCGAAGCUUCGAUUUAGGGCGUGGGGUGGACCACCAUACGAUCCGCUACCAGAAUUCGAUUGGUCAACCACGAAAAUUGUUUCAAAUCACUUUGGACAACCACAGGUAUGGAACUUCACCUAUGUAGAUCUAGAAUGGGAGACGGAAACAAAGGUACUAGGAUUCGAAGAUGUCGAUAGAUAUCCGCAUAGUCCCUUCAAAUAA